GAGCCACUAUCCCUCUCAAGCUUUUAGAAUUUAACAGGGAAGUCUGUAUUGUGUGGCUCUAUUUUUUGGCAAAAUGACCACUUCCAUCAAGCAAUACACUUCCUCCUCUUCCUCUAAGAAAGGGGCUUCAUGCAGUUUUGGUGGAGGGUCUUCCCGUCUCUCCUCUGUCCCUUUGAGUGGAGGAUGCAGAACUUCAAGUAUCUAUGGAGGAGCUGGUGGCAUCUCUGUCUCUUCCUCUCGCUAUGCGUCUGGGGUUGGCAAUGCCCUCGGUGGUGGCUAUGGGGGCAGCAACUACUGUAGCAGCUAUGGUGGUGGUUUUGGCACUGGCUUUGGUGGAAAUCUUGGUAUGGGCUUUGGUGGAGGCUCUGUGGGCUUUGGUGGAGGCUCUGUGGGCAGUGGUGAUGUCCUUUUGACAGGAGGUGAGAAGCAAACUAUGCAGAACCUCAAUGAUCGUUUGGCUAAUUACCUGGAUAAAGUGCGGGCAUUAGAAGAAGCCAAUACCAAUUUGGAAAUUAAGAUCAAUGAGUGGUAUCAGAAGCAGGCACCUACUCCAGCCCGUGACUACAGCCACUACUUCAGAACAAUUGAAGAUCUGAAGAGCAAGAUUUUAGCAGCUUCCAUUGACAAUGCUAGUGUUCUCCUUCAGAUUGACAAUGCACGCUUGGCUGCUGAUGACUUUAGAACCAAGUUUGAAACAGAGCAAGCUCUGCGUAUGAAUGUUGAAAGUGACAUCAAUGGGCUGCGCAGAGUCUUGGAUGAACUGACCUUGUCUAGGUCAGAUCUGGAAAUGCAGAUUGAGAAUUUGAAAGAGGAACUGGCAUAUCUCAAGAAGAACCAUGAAGAGGAAAUGAAUGCUUUCGGAAACCAAGUCAGUGGAGAAAUCACUGUGGAAAUGGAUGCUGCUCCUGGUGUGGACCUGACAAAGAUUCUGGGAGAGAUGCGUGAACAGUAUGAGAUUUUGGCGGAGAAGAACCGUAGAGAUGCUGAGCAGUGGUUCUUCAGCAAGACUGAAGAGCUAAAUCGGGAAGUUGCCACCAAUACGGUACAGUUGCAGACGAGCAAGACGGAGAUCGUGGAACUGAGACGUACUAUUCAAAAUUUAGAGAUAGAUCUUCAGGCUCAACUCAGCAUGAAAUCAGCAUUGGAAGGCACAUUGGUGGACACAGAAACUCGUUAUGGUAAUCAGCUUUGCCAGAUCCAGGCUCUGAUCACCAAUGUGGAACAGGAGUUGGGCAGCCUGAGAUGUGAUAUGGAGCGCCAAAACCAUGAGUACAACGUUCUCCUUGAUGUCAAGACACGCCUAGAACAGGAGAUUGCCACCUACCGUCGUCUGCUGGAGGGAGAGGAAGCCCACAUCACCUCGCAAUACAAUGCAGCUAAACCUGGCAAAGAAGUACCAAAAACAACUCGCCAAGUCCGCAUGGUUGUUGAGGAGAUUGAAGAUGGGAAAGUAGUUUCUUCACGUGAGCAAAUCCAAAAAAAUGCAUACUGAAAAGGAUUCUACAUAUCCAAGGCAUAUCUGAAAAAGUAGUUGUAGUGCAUAUUUUUAUGUAGUCUAUAGUUUGUAUGUUUGGAUCAAAAAGGGAACAAAGUGGUACAAUUAUCCGGAUUUUUCAACAAUAAACUUGUAUGUCAGCAA